AUGAAAGCGCUUCUACUAACUUACAAAAUUAAGGACACGGAAAGUAUCAAUUGGUCCAAAGCCUUAGCGUCCUAUCUCAAAAGAUCGUACGGAUCUUCCACAUGGAGUCAGUUUUUCGAUGUAAAACAAGCUGAGAAUCUAGAUCGUUUACGGAAUAAUGCCAACGGAAGUCUGGCUUCAGAGGCACUCAUUGAACAGAAUCUCCUGUACUAUGCGUUUUUGGAACAGCUGUACAUGAGGUUGGGUGCAAACUCUGGGCAGCUCAAUAUAGACUAUACAUGGUAUGACGCGGCAUACACGUCGACAAGUGGGUCUCAAAAGUAUACUCAGAGGACGGUGGCUUUCGAAAAAUCAAGUGUACUUUACAAUUUGGCUGUGAUCAUGACGUUAGCAGCCAAAGAACAACUCGAUAAGGAUGUGAAGAUUUCAAUCGGCUACAUGUCGCGAGCUUUUGCAUGCUUCGAUUAUUUAAGUGAGAAUUUCUUGAACUCUCCGUCUGUUGACCUCCAAGCAGAAAACUCCAAGUUCCUAGGUAACGUAUGCCACGCAGAAGCGCAAGAACUUUUCCUUUUGAGAAUAAUCAACGGCCCAGACACCGCUAAGCAUGCCUCACUUAUAGCGAAGCUAGCGUCAAUGGCCUCUUCAUUAUAUGAAAAGGCUGACAGCUUUUACGAAUCGGACUCUAAAGCCUCGCCAUCUGAAAUUCCAUAUGGGGACAUCAAAUGGAAGAGUAUUAUUUCCUGUAAAGUGAACUUCUACAAAAGCGUAUCGGCCUACAACUACGGAAUUAUUCUUGAGCAGCAAAAUAAGUUUGGGAAAGCCAUAGCUUUCUUGAAAAUCGCCGAAAGUGCUAUUCUGUCCGCCAUGGUUCACAAACUUCAUGUCAAAGAAACUAUGGACCUUGAGUCCUUCAAGAAUCUCGUCCAAGCCAAGCACAAGAAUUUGAUCAAAGACAAUGAUUUCAUCUAUCACGAUACUAUACCUUCUGACGCGUCUAUGGAAAAUAUAAAGGGUAUGGACGCUGUGAAAGCACCUCCAUUGGCCAAACAAUUAGAGUCUUACAUGGACAAAGUGGCAGAGUCCUCCGAUAUUCUGUUCAAAGGAAUCAUACCACUUGAAGUCUAUGAAAAGGAGAGUAUUUAUUCUGAAUUGAAAGCAGACCUAUUGAGAAAAGAACUUGAAGUUGCCGAGACGGCGGAUUGGGAAUAUUCGUCGUUUGUUGAAUUUACAACCUUGCCAAAAAUUUUAAAGGACCUGGAGAGCAGAUAUACCAGCAGUGCAAAGUCUGGAAAAACAGACAAUCCUCAGUUGGCGAUAAUGAAAGAGAAAUUGGAUUUAUGGUCCAAAUCAGUGUUGAGAAAUCCAUAUAAUAACGUCGAGCUACAAAUGCAAUCUAUCGUUGGGCUUAGAAAGAAAAUUUUGGAGCUUUUGAGUUCCAUCCCAGAAGAACAACAGGAAAACGCUGUGAAACUCAAGUCAUCACUUUUGGCUGCAUCGAAAUCGGACGACAAGCUGUUCUCUUUUGUCCAAUCCAAUUUGACAGAACUUCAAUUAUUGAAGAGUCCUGCUGCUUUGGACAAGCAAUGGACUGCACUGAAUUCAUUCCAGCACGAACAGCCGGAUUUGCUAGAUAUUGACGACAACAAGAAUGAGGAGAUAAGGCAGAAAAUCGGGAAUGUGGGAAGCCAGAAUGAUGAUUUAAGGAUCCUGAAGGAUGAGCGAUCGAGUAUAGUUCAAGACUUGAAGAAGGCAGUUAAUGACGAUGAUAUUACUAGAGUCGUUAUAAUGAAUCGCGAUAUGACGGAUAAUGAACUUAAUGAGCUGUUCGGUAAAGAACUUGAUAAAUUUAAGCCACUCAGUACCCGGAUAGAGGCAACAAUUUUCAAGCAGCGCAAUUUGAUCAACACUAUCAAAAUCAAUCUGGAUGAGGUUUUCAAGCUUACUGGAUUGGAUGAUGAAUCAUCGAAAAACGAUCCUAAUUUGGUGAAAAGAAAUGACUUCUACAACAGACUCAGUCAGGCGUUCAAGAGUUUCUCUGUUUUUUCAAACGAUUUGCCUAAGGGGCUUACCUUCUACGAGUCUUUACUCAAAAUGGCUCAAAACUUACAGUCUGUUGACUCAAUCAAGAAAACGACCGCAAAUGGCGUACUUCCAGCAUUACCAAAUCAGCUCAACGAGAGCUUCCAGCAAUUAAACAUUGUGCCGGGUGCCGAUAGAAAGGAAUUCACCGCUAUGGCGACACUACCUCCCGUUCCGCCACGAACUUAUGGGCAACCAGACCAGUUUACGAUGUCUCCUUCUAUUCCGCCCAAGCAACCACCCUCUGGUAUCAACGGUUUGGGAAACUUUGGAAAACCAGCCAGUCAGACGGAUCAGGAUCCAACGUCGUUUUAUAAUAACCCGUCAGUGUUUGACGAGAGCCUCUAUUCACGUUUCGGCGGGUAA